AUGAGGACAAGGAAUAUCCCAGGAAACAGAGCUGUGCCUUCAAGUCGCAGAAGUUCUGAAAAAGGAAUGCCAGGCUUGAAGGCUUCGACUAUCGCUGAUAUGAAUGAUGAACCAUUGGAGACGCCGAUUCAACACAUGGAAGAACCUCUGCUCAACUACAUUCCAAAGGCGCUCUCUCCAAUCUACAGGGGUGUCCCAUGGUUCUUGGACGUCUCCUUGAUUCUUCUCUCCCUGUGGGCUUCAGCAGUCACAACGUGGAAGCGAAUAACGUGGUUGCAACCACUAGCAAUCCUCAAAGGAUGGAAAGCUGCCCCCACGACGGGAGAACUCGUUACUUUCUUCACAAAGGCGUUGUUGUUAUCUGUCUUUGCAAGAACAGUGAUCCAAGACUUGUUCCUUCCUCCAUCUAGAGUACCGAUGAGGUCUCUAUUGCAAAAAUAUUUCUUGCCAUCCUCUCUUUCCAAGUACGAGACCUUGUCUGUUUUAGGAAGUGAUGGAAAAGAGCAAUCCAUAGGGGUACAUUUUCUGGAGUACACCAAUCCCACGAACAACACCUCUGGCUUUGAUGCAUUGUAUGUGAAUCACGGCUUUGGAGCCUCCUCCCUUUCCUGGUUGCCAGUGAUUCCUACCUUGACCAAACGUCUUGGAGCUCGGGUGUGCCUUGGACACGAUGCCGCUGGGUUUGGAUUCACAGAUCGACCGGAUGAUCUAGGUCUGUACAUGACGAGAGGAUCCGGCAAGAUUGCCGCAAACCUACUACUCAAUAAGACUUCAUCGGCUCCCAAAUCAGUCGCUCUGCUUGGUCAUAGUCUGGGUUGCCUCACUACCUUGAAAAUGGCAUUGGAAUUGCCAAAGGAGACAUCCAAAUUGAUUGUCCUUUGCGCACCAGCUCUGGGAAUACGAAAACCCGCUUCUGUUCAAAAGAGGAAGUGGUAUACUAGUGCUGCCACCAUCUUGCGAGAGAACUUUUUCUAUCCCGUUUUUGGCUAUACGCUACGAAGAGCUGUAGGAGGAAAGAACUUUUGGAGACGAGGACUGGAAACAGUUUGGGGAGAUAAAUCGAGGCUGAGAGACAAUGACGUUCUUCGGUUCCAGUGGCCAUCAGUCGGAUUGGGUUGGGAGAGAGGCAUAUUGGAAUUCGCUAGGGCUCAACUCUCUGCCUUUGACGAGGAGGACCUACAAGAUGACCGCACUCUGCUUCGACGGGUGAUGGACAUGCCCAAUACUAAGGUGAUGGUCAUUUUGGGUGGCUCCGAUCGUGUGAUACCUGCAAGCUUCAGUCGCAAUUUCUUCAAUGAUUUUGGACUGCCUGUUCAGGAAAUGGUUGGUCUAGGUCACGAUCCUUUUGAAGAAAAACCAGAGGAAUUCAGUGAACUUGUUGAUCGCUUCAGAAAAUCUGAAUUUCAAUAG